AUGCGCGGGAACCGGCCGUUUCCCGGGCCGGUUGCUUUGACCUGGGUACUCUCGGUGUUGAACGAACUGAGUACACUAUUUAAUUUAACUGGAGAGAAAUCAAUAACCGCAAAAGAUGGACGUGCUGUUUUGGAACGUAGCUCAAGUUUACUGCGUACACAAUUGAAGUAUGAAGUGAUGGAAGCAACUGUGUGGUCACAAAGAGGAGCCCCAUCAAGUGGUAACCAGGCUGAAUUAAAUAAUCAUAUUAUUUUACCGGUGUUACCAGAAGAUGCCAAUUAUCAACAAACACGUUUUAAAUCAUUUAUUUAUAAGAGGAACAACACUCGCAAGAGUGGUUUCUGUGAUUCGUUAGUCCAUGAAAAGAGAAAGGUCCGAUUUACGGACUUUACCUGUGAAACAGAACGUCGUGAAGAACAACAACAUCAAUGUUAUGAUUGCCAAGAACAAUUUUUAUCACGCAAAAAUUUACAACAGCAUUUGCAUCAGAAAUGUUAUCCAUCAGAAGCUUCAUUAGAAAAUGAUACUAUAAAUAUUUUAGAUGAAGAAACAUUGAAUUAUAAUGAUAGAGAAGAGGGUCAUGUACGAGAUGAAGCUUCAAAUGAAAUUGAAAACGUAUCUGAUGAUGGCAUUCAACAAGAUACAAUGAACGAUCAAAAUCAACAAUAUAUAAAUCAUAAACCAUUAACAAGAAAUCAACGACAAAACCGCAAACAUAGAGCUCAAAGAUAUCGAUAUAAAAUCAUGCGAAAAAUUUAA